AAGUGAUCGGUGGUUAAAUUGGUCUCUUUAACUACGUACAGACACCACUCAUUCUAUCCAAGAAUUAUUUAAAGCCAUGUUUUCUGUAAGACAGGUGUGGGAAACAGUGUACUAAAAAUUGUAGUCAUUGCUGUAGAAACUCAAACUCCAUCUCAUAGUCUCAAAUCAUGACUAAACCUCAGCAGUGAGCAGUGCACAGCUAGCAGCUUUGGAAAGCUCGAAAGUCGAAACCCCCAUCAGCUAAAAUGGCAACCCCACCACCAUCACUCCAAGCUCCAACUCCAAAUCCUCUCAAAAGACCCUUAAUCAGACUCUUCCUCCUCACCAUCCUCUGCUCUCUCUGCUACUUUCUUGGAUCUUACACCAACACUAACUCAACACCAACUCCACCAUCCACGCCUCUCUUUCAAGACCAACUCCACUGUUCCAAACCCAACUUCACAAUCCACAACACCCACUACUUCUCUCCACCACCACCACCUUUAGACUUUGAACCACACCACACUGUCACACUCACUCUGCCACAAGACCAAGGACAAAACAUCAAGCUCUUGGGCUUUUGCUCUAGAAACUUCACCAAUUACUGCCCAUGUCAUGACCCUCCAAGAGAGAAGCAAUUCAUUACUGAAAGAAGGUUUCACAAGCAGCGGCAUUGCCCUGGAAAUGGAGAAAAACCACGGUGCUUGGUGCCAAGGCCGGCCGGGUACAGAAGGCCAUUUCCAUGGCCAAAGAGCAGAGACUAUGCUUGGUUUAGGAAUGUGCCUUUCCCCAGGCUCACUGAGUUGAAGAAAUCACAGAAUUGGGUUCGUUUGGAGGGUGAUCGGUUGGUUUUUCCGGGAGGUGGGACUUCGUUUCCAAAGGGAGUGAAGGGUUAUAUUGAAGAGAUCAAGCGGGUUGUGCCACUGAAAUCUGGAAAUAUAAGGACAGUUCUUGAUGUUGGAUGUGGGGUUGCAAGCUUUGGAGCCUCUCUGAUGGACUACAACAUCUUGACGAUGUCAAUUGCACCACGGGAUAUACAUGAAGCUCAAGUACAUUUUGCCUUGGAAAGAGGACUUCCUGCCAUGCUUGGUGUGCUAAGCACCAAUAGGCUACCAUUACCCUCAAGAGCGUUUGAUAUGGCUCACUGUUCCAGAUGCCUUGUACCAUGGACUAGUUAUGAUGGAUUAUAUCUGAUGGAGAUUGAUCGAAUUUUACGUCCUGGUGGCUAUUGGGUACUGUCUGGGCCACCGAUAAAUUGGAGGGUCAAUUUCAAAGGUUGGGAGAGACAGACUAAGGACUUGGAAAAUGAGCAAAUCAGUUUGGAAGAUCUUGCUAGGCGAUUGUGCUGGAAAAAGAUUGCAGAGAGAGGUUCAAUUGCUGUGUGGAGAAAACCCAGUAAUCAUAUGCACUGCAUCCAAAAGUUAAAGGCAUGGAAAUCAACUCAAUUCUGCACUUCACCUGAUGCUGAUGCUGGUUGGUACACAAAAAUGGAUCCAUGCAUUUUCCCUCUUCCACAAGUGAAAGAUGUCCACGAUAUAUCUGGUGGUGCUCUAGAAAAAUGGCCUAAACGGUUGAAUGCUGCUCCACCUAGAAUUACAAGUAAAAUUAUUAACGGAAUCACGGUGAGGACCUUAAAUGAAGAUGUUCAGUUAUGGCGAAGGAGAGUUUCCCACUAUGGGAUCAUACUCAAAUCUCUCAACAAUUGUAAAAUUAGAAAUGUUAUGGAUAUGAAUGCUGGCUUUGGGGGUUUUGCAGCUGCUCUGACAAAGUGUCCAGUUUGGGUGAUGAAUGUUGUUCCCUUUGAUGCAAAAAAUAAUACCCUUGGUAUCGUCUAUGAGCGAGGCCUAAUCGGAACUUACAUGAACUGGUGUGAGGCUUUCUCAACAUACCCACGAACAUAUGAUUUCAUACAUGCCAACGGUGUAUUCAGCAUGUACAUGGACAAGUGUGACAUUCUUUAUAUACUCCUUGAGAUGCAUCGGAUUCUUCGGCCAGAUGGGGCUAUAAUAAUAAGAGAACAUGUGGACAUCAUUGUGAAAGUAAAAGACAUCACAGAUCGGAUGAGAUGGAAUGGCAAGAUAUUACACAGCGAGAAUGGGCCUUUCCACUCUGAGAAAAUACUUCUUGUAGACAAUUCUUUAUAGGUACGUUUAUGCUAACACUUUUUCCAGAGAAAACUAGUUGAUAGUUGUCAAGCUGUCAGUAAGUUGUAAUAUUACAAAUACCAUGUCAAGAGCACAAGGUGAACUUUUUUAUAUUUAUUGGAAUGAUAUUGUAUUUCCAAGAAAAA